CUUUUUUUUUUUCUUUUCUUCUUUAGUACAAACAUGAAUGGUUUGCCUGUAGGUUUUAGGUUCUAUCCCACUGAGGAAGAACUUGUUUCAUUCUACCUACAAAAUAAGCUCAAAGGUGAGAGAACGGACAUCGAGAGGCUCAUACCAGUCGUCGACAUUUACGGCUAUAAUCCAUGGGAUCUUCCACAAUUAGCUGGAGAAGAAUGCCCUGCAGAUUUAGAGCAGUGGUUUUUCUUCACACCUCGACAAGAAAGAGAAACACGUGGAGGCCGGCCAAAUCGACUCACGGCAAAAGGCUACUGGAAAGCAACCGGUUCCCCUAAUGAUAUUUAUUCGUCUCAAAAUAACCGAAGGAUAGGAAGAAGAAAAACCAUGGUUUUCUAUGAGGGCCGAGCUCCAAACGGGAAAAAAACGGCUUGGAAAAUGAACGAGUACAAAUUGUUUGACUCGGGCCCUCUUGAAUCGGGUUCAUCAUCUUCCUCAGCCAGUUCGAAUCUACAGUUGAGAGAUGAAAUUAGUUUGUGUAGAAUUUACAAGAGAACGAAGUGUUUGAGGGCGUUUGACAGGCGGCCGCCGGAGGCGGGCGGCGGGCGGCAGCUGGAAAAUCAUCCACGUCAUCAGCUCGAAAUUAAUCCACGUCAUCACGUGGUGCUUGAUGAGAUAGAAGUAAAUAAUAAUACCAAUUCAUUAUCGGGAGAUGCUAUCACGGGUAUUAUUAAUCCUUCACAAUCCCACACGGAAAGUGAUAACAGCGCCUAUUGGGAUAUGGCUGUUGAUGAUGAUCAAGCGUUGCCCAUUUGGGAUUGGGAUGAAUUUAACUGCUUCGAUUUGUGGAAUUAAUAAAAUAUCAAUUAUAUAUGUGAUUCUGUUUUUAUUUAUAUAUAUGUUUUCCAAGAAAUGAGAAGGGAUUUUCAGGAGAGUAUGAAUAUUACAUGAUUUAGGUCUCAUUAUCUUGAUGAACUGAAAUUUUUAUUUAGCGUGUGAAGAAUAUGGAUCUAUUGUGAUGAAUUGUUGUACUUGAAACUCGAUUAUAUGUUUG